AUGGCAGAACGGGUAGUUCCACCAACUGCCCAGCCGGCUCGGAGUCGGGAGAAGGCGGAGGCGUGGGCGGGUUCGGGUUCGAGCGGUGUCGUUUCAAGUAUAUGCUCCGUUCCUUUGUUUGAGGCGAAGAUAGGAUCUAGUCGUUGGGAUUUUUGGGUGGGAUUUUGCUGUGGAGAGUGUACCUUUCAUAUAGCUUUUCAAAACUAG